CUGCAGGAGACCCCUAUACCGCCUCUUUCUGACUCCUUCCUUGUGGCGCCAAAAAUCCGACUCCAUCUAGAGAAAUUGUCCCUCCAUCGGGAUGUACGCGGUCAGGGUCAAUCUUGUUGAUGAACCUGAGAACGGAUGCGCAUGCUCUUUGGGAAGCCGUGGACGGUGUGCCUGUCUUACGGCAGCCAUGAUCGCUGGCUGUGUUUCCACUGCCACCUGCGGCCCUUGGUGCGCACGUCAACUUUGAGGGGAAAUGUUGUGGCUUCUUCAAUAAGCCACCGGACCUCUACAUUUGGUCUUGAAUUCUUGCUCAUUGGGAUGGUAAUGAAUUUCCUGUCGUUGUCAGCGUCGAAGAACAUGUAUCUGGUGCCGUCUACCCAUACAGCAGCUUUUUCACCGCCUUUCACCCUUAUGCUGGGAGGAGGCCCAUCGUUGUCGUCAAGCUCAAAAAUCGCCUUUGAGCAGAAGCACCCAGAGACAGAGAAGCAGAGCAGACAGUGCAUGGAGGCAGUUAAUUGGCGCCAUCACCAGCCAUGCAUACCAGUGCUCUGAUGAGGAGGUUCUCCUUGAGUGUCCAGUCCAUGAAGCUUUCAUACUGUGUGUCCGGAGCCACUCCGCACACCUCGAACGGCGACUGUCCCUGCUUGAUGCUUCCACUUUCAGCCAGUGCGACAGCACUGGAUGUAACCCAGCUGGGUACCAGUGUUUCACCACCGUCCGUGAGGCUGAAGGCACCAGAUAAAGUCUCACUGUUGGCCGUCCAUUCCAACCAGGACUUGCGCGCUUGGGGGAACGAGAGAUUGUAGAUGGCCAAUGCGCAACCGGGGACCUCAUCCACAGAUGCUACCAGGACUUCCUUCUCCAACGAAGCGGUUUGUCCAUUUCUGUCGCCGACAGUCACCUCGAAAUUGUGCGUGCCGAUGGGGAUGCGCGGUCGCGCAGUCCGCUCGCAAUUACUCUCAUGUUCCUCACAAGUCUGGCAAAGGCAUGCCGAUGUGCGACACAGAGCAGAAAGAUAAGAACAACGUCGGACUCGGACUCUGCAAGUCCAAUCAUCCUUACUGAUUCCUUGAUGGUUUGGCCGUUGAGUUGGAAACUGUAGCUGACCAGAGAUUGUCCCCACUCAUGUGUGUGAGAUGCCGAUGCCUGCAGAUUUGCCAUUGGAUACCGAACAUAUGCACACUGCUGGCCUGGUAACUCGUCCCGGAUCGGCCCGAAGGUGUCUGCUCAAAUUGCUGGCUCACGUCAAAAAAGAUAGAUUCGUGGCCGUCUCCAUCAUAGUCGACUGCUAAUACAUCCGAUUUGAGCUCUGCAUGCAGAAACGCUCCUCUCUUCGUUGCAACGAAGAGAGGAGGGAACUCUCGUCCCACGAUAGCGGCAACUGUCGUGCCUCUAAAGGGUCCCGCUUCAUCGAGGAUGAACGAGAAGUCCAUGGAUGUCGACGUAUCCCCGUAAGAUGUGCCUCGCGAAAGCGCUGCGCUCAAGUUCCUACCAGACAGCUGCAACAUGGCCAACAAGAAAGCCAACUCCUUAUUUUGACAUUUUCCCAGGCAGAUGUUCCCCGGCUUGCCUCGAUUGCACCACUCCUGCUUCCAACGGCGACGAUGCGGUCGAUGGCAUUCUCAUCUGCUGGUGCCGACUGCUGGUGGGAAGGAGUCCUACUGUCGGCCACGAAUAGAACCCACACCUGCACACUCAGGGGAUUUGUGCUCCAAGGAGCGCGUGCUGACGAGAAAGCACAAGUGCAAUGCCUACAUCUCUCCGAAUGCGGAGAAAGCCAACAUGUGGAAGGUCGUCAAUCGACUGAUCUCCACGCCAUUUCACUGUCACAGUGACAUUUUCUUUUGGUUGAAUCCCUUCGAUGAGAUGCCUCUCUUUGUUUGGGAGCGUGACAGCGAAUGCGGAUGCGUCUCCCUCCAAGAUCGGGUAAAGUCGACCCGACGGGCGAUCUGCAUUCUCGUUGGUUAACAGGAAGGUCACCUCAGAUAAAUGUGGGGAUAGGUAGAACGUCGGGUAGGGCUCUGUGGCAUGUAAAGGUGCUGAGGCUGAAGAGAUAGAUAAGGCGAUGGAAGGCCAUUCGGGCUUGUACUGCCGUCUGCUACCUACACGUACAAACGCAACAUAAAUGCACCGUGUCUCGUCUAUUCGGGAAUUACCCUUGCUGACGUCGGAUAUACGUGUUGACAGAUUUGGACGGUACACCCGCAGAGACCCAUCUGUUCCGGUGAAGUAUGUGCCAGGGGGAACAUCUGAGACACAACAGCAAGCAUAUGGGCGGCAGCCAUGUAUGUCGCCCUCAAACCGGACCGGUUAGAGAGAUUUCUGCUGGUGGGAGGGGGCCCUUGCUCCACUCUCGUGUGUCGUUUGCUCCAUUCCCAGAAGGGCCGUCGUCGCUUGCCGCCGCAGCACACGGCCGCUCCGCAACUUGAUUGAGGAAGUAUGAGAAGUGCUCUUUGUCACCAUCAACAGCGAUCCAUGGCAGGCCUCUUAGUUCUUGGAGCAUUCUUUCCGCCUUGGUUUUCCGUCUCUCGCAAAGGAAGCGCGAUGGGAGGAGCUCGACCACUACUGUUGUCGGUAAGCCCCCUUCGUAGGUGCUUCCGACGAGGAUCAGGUAAUCAUCAAUGGCCGCUGCCACAUGAGGCGCACGGACGAGCUUCGCAGCAGGUCCCGAUCUCCACCUGUUAUUGUCAACUUCAUAGAUGGUUACAUCGGCAGGAUCAUUUCCACUAGUGGCAUCGCUGGUGCGACCGCUGAACAGAUAGAUUUCUCCGUCAAAGAGGGAUGCGAUGUAGGGCGGCUCUGGAACUGGUGAGGGGGGACGCAUGGAUUUCUGCAGCCAUGAUGAUGUAGACGGAUCGAAGAGCGCCGUCCGCGCCAGUCCACGGCACAGCACAUACGUCGUGCCCUGUCACAGAAAGAAACGAGAACUCCCGAUUCUGUCUAAGACAAACGGUCAACAUCUACCUUAUACAUAAUGUCCACCGCUGGCUCGCAAGGAGGGUCCGUCUCAGGACUCGUGUGACCGGCACCGGAAUCCUUCAUUUUAGGCGUCACGUGGUCAUGUUUGGUCCAUAUCCCUCGUUGCACACCGCAGGGUAGGACAGAAAGACGCCAGGCACCAACAGGAACUCUCUCACCUCGUAGCCGAACCACCGGACCAUCUUCAAGAUUCGAGGUGCUGGGGAUUGCCACGUCUGUAGCGCACAGGUGAAAACCCUUGAUAGCAUCAGGGACCUCUCCAGGACUGGCCGCUUCUCGAAGAUACACGGGAGGCGGAGACGGAGAGGAACCAGGCAAGGCCAUGUUUCCUACGACGCAACCCCAUGACAGAGACUGGAUGGAAAUGGGCAUUGCCUACCAUAUGUCAGGGUCCAAAAAGUAAAGGACAGACAGUGUGAGAAUGCCUUGUCCCGGGUCAU